AUGCCCACCACUCGCAAGGCCUCUGGUGGCCGUGGGGCGACCGCUUCAGGCAAGCAGUCCACCCUCAGCUUUAACCAUCGAGUCACGAAGAGCGUUCCGAAGUCAGCCAAGGAUGCGGUGAUUACGUCCGCUGUUACGAAGAAGGAGCCGGCACCCGAGAAAUCAAAGCUCUCGCAGUCAAUCACGGCCGAGGAUGUGGUCGAGACCCCCGAUGUGGACGAGCCCGCAGAGGUAGAGGAAGACGAGGCGCCCGCAGUGCCCGAGAAGUCAGAGGCAGAAGUCAAGGCCUUGAAGAUCACAGAUGCGCAAGUCAAGCGCUAUUGGAACAAUCUGGAGGCCCAGCGCAAGGCCAAGCGGGUGCAUCAGGAGGACCUGACCGUUAGCGAGAAGGUGUUGAGAUACUUUGACGUCAGCUCACAGUAUGGGCCUUGCAUUGGAAUUACUCGUAUGAAACGAUGGCAGCGAGCGGAGAAAUUGGGACUGAACCCUCCCAUCGAGGUGCUCGCCGUCUUGCUCAAGGAGGAGGCAAAGGGUACCCACGGGAUUGAGCGGGCGGCAAUCGAUGAACUCAUGAACUCAACGGCAAUUGGUGCUGCUUGA